AUGUUAGAGGACCCUUUUGGUCCUGAAUGGAAGGAAACCUACCUCGAUCGGGCACUUCGCACCCGGCUGGGACGGUCGUAUUCAUCCAUCGAGAGCGGGAUGAAGGAGCUGCAACAGCUGGUGGCAGAGCUGGCGAUAAAGCUGCGACUUGGCCCAGACCUCAAGUUAUUGCGAGAUUUUUCACAAAGUCUCUCCAAUGCUCUAGAUGGAGCUACAGCAGCCUGUUGUGCAAGACCGCACGAUGCAUGCUUAAAGCUCAACCCAAGACCUUUGGAGAUGGAUCCCGGCAGCACUGAGGAUGACAUGGCCAAGGAUUUGGAUUUUUCAGUGUCGUUGGAGCUAUAUGCAAAUGGCUCCAUGUCAGCUGAGCCUUCGGUAGAAUCGUCGCGCUGGUACAGUCUCUCGAUUAAUAUCGUCAGCCUCGGUAGUCGUCAAGCCGACGACCACGUACCAAGGACACUCAACAUCCGUUCAUCAUCAACUAACACUCCGAGACAAUCACCACAACAAAAGGGGCAAUCAGAAACCCUCCAACUGUUCCCUGAAGGUUUGAAUAAGCGAGCAUUUCAAACACUGAUAACGCAUGCUGCGCAGAGGAUAACGAGUAAGGAGAAGGCAGUCAACGCAUUGAUCAAAGGUUCUUUGGAUAUAAUCAUCGAGCCUAAACAAAAGACUCUCAUUCGAAAGCAUGAGAAACAUCCUGCUACGGAGCAUGGGCGGGUAUUUUAUGGAAAUAUCAUGGAUCGUGAAGAUCCUGAGCGCCGGUUCGGACUAUACGCGCCAACACCGCUUAUGUCGAAAGACCAACACAUACCCGAGGCCCCCCCUAUUCUUCGCUGGCAACCGGGCGAUUUACCAUCUAGUUUGACCUUGCGUCAACUACUCAACCGAAUGCAUGAUGCUCGUCUUCAGCAGGGGAGUAACGGACCUCUAAUUUGGCUAGAGUUCCAAGACCAACUUCAGCUAGCCGUCAGCAUUGCCGUCAACAUCCUUCACCUCUACAGUAGCCCAUGGCUGCCGGGGAUCAUCACACUCGACGAUAUCUGGUUCCGCCUUGAAGAUGAACCCUUAGACUCUAAUUUCCCAUCCGGGUUUCCUUACCGCCCUUUCAUCAAGAAGUCAAUGCCGUUGUCCGCCGCUUCCUCUGCAAUGCCCGGGACAACGGGGUUCAUGCCAAGAUCCCGAAAAAGAGAGACAACCGUCUUCUCCUUUGGUCUGAUCUUGAUACAGAUCAUGCUCGGACGGGUAAUCAACGAAUUGGACAUGAAGUCAACAUCAGACAAACAGGGUGCUGCUGUACCUGGAGCAGGGCAAUCUACUAGCGACACCGUAAACAAAAACGUCGCAGCGAUGAGUUUGGAUGACUACAUGGAGAAACACAAACUCGGUAAGGGAUUCGAGGGCGCGGUUCUCGCAGAAGCGGGACCCGAAUACACCUCGGCGGUAACGCGGUGUCUCGAGACUUUCAUCAACAUCGAAGGGUUGCAGAGCGAGAAAUUCUGUCAGGAGUUCUAUGUCGAAGUGAUAUCCAUGCUGCAGGAGGCGCUCGACAAGUCCAUGGAAUUAUGA